CACCUUCGUCCUCAACCAGAAAACAGAGAGAGAGAGAGACCUCCACCCAAGAGCUGAAGCCAUUUUUGGUCCCAUCCAUCUCGGUGAGGUCGAGUGAUCCCUUCGAAGGUGCUCCACAGGUUCGUUCUCUUUAAAACUCUUUUAAUCUCCUCUUCCACUUCUUUUUUCUGAAUCCUUUUCCUUUAAUCUUUGUCUUCUGUGAAGGAUUUAAAAGAGAGAAAGAGAAAAAAAAAAAAAAAAAGUUGAUUUUGAAGUCCUAUUAGUAAGGCUUUUCAAAGUCCUUUUUUUUAAAAAAAAAUUUGAACUUCUUUUAGGGAGCCAAAGGUUAACAGAAGAGAGAUCCAGAGCCUUUUAUUUCUGGGUUUUCUUUUUGUUUAGACUUUUUUUUGUUUUUUUUCACUUUUGCUUUUUUCUAAAACCUGUAAGCCAAAGAGGGUUGUUUUUUCAUACCCUAUAGGCUAUUUUCUUUCCUCUUCUUUUUAUAGAUCUAAAGAGGCUUUCUUUUUAAGUAAACCUCUUCUUCUUCUUCUUAAAUCCUUCGUUAAGAACCCCUUCGCCUGUUCUUUGUUUUGCUUGAGAACCAGGUGGGUUAUAUUUUUAUUUUUAUUUUUAUUCUCCCUUAAGAAAAGAAAAACCAAAAAAAGAAGAAGAAAGAUUUAGAAAAGAAAAUCUUUUUUUAACUUUUGCUUAGAUUACAUGGCUGCUGCUAUAGAUAUGUAUAAUCCUCAAUCAGUGUUCUCGUCAGACCCCUUUAAUGGGGAGCUCAUGAAAGCACUCGAACCUUUUUUAAGAAGAGCCGCUUCUCCCUCCUCUCCCUCGCCCUCUCCCUCUCCCCUCUCUUCUCUUUCUUCUCUCUCUUCCGACUCCACUCCUCAAACCACCACCUCCUCCUCCUUUCCCUCGCCUUCUCCCUACUCUUCCUACUACUCCCCUCUCGCUCUCUCCUCUCCUCAUCAGAGCCAGUCGAGUACGUUCUACCACACGGAGGGCACGGUGGGCCUACAGCCGGCCCUGGAGCGGGUGCGGCCGGUGGGGCUGGCCCAGCUGAGCGCGGCCCAGAUCGAGUGCAUCCAGGCCCAGCUCCACUACCAGCAGCUGCAGCAGGGGCUGGGCCCACGGGCCCAGCCCAUGAAGCAGCAGUCGGCUCCGAGGCCGGCGAAGCUGUACCGCGGGGUGCGGCAGCGGCACUGGGGGAAGUGGGUGGCCGAGAUCCGCCUCCCGCGCAACCGCACGCGGCUCUGGCUCGGCACCUUCGACACCGCCGAGGACGCCGCCCUCGCCUACGACCGCGCCGCCUUCCGCCUCCGCGGCGACUCCGCCCGCCUCAACUUCCCCGACCUCCGCCACCGCCACCUCCCCCUCCCCCUCCCCUCCGCCGCCGUCGACGCCAAGCUCCACGCCAUUUGCCAGACCCUCGCCCCCAACCCCGAGCCCGAGCCCGAGCCCGAGCUCGAGUCCUCGUCCGAGGCCUCCUUGGCCUCGUCGCCCGUCUCGGAGAUCCAAAACCUCGACUUCACCGAAGCGCCGUGGGACGAGUCCGAGAGCCUCGCGCUCGCCAAGUACCCGUCGUGGGACAUCGAUUGGGACUCAAUCCUCUCGUGAAAAAUAACACUUUCUUGUUGAUGUUGUUGGCGCAUGCAGGUCCGUCGUCUCAAGUUGCUGCAGCAGCAGAUGGGGUUUUAGACAUCUGUCGCUGCUUCUGGCAAGCUAGAAAAUGUUAUGUUACUGUUAUCUCUCUUCAUUGGACUGUACCUCCUCCCGGCGUUGCUAGUUAAUUUUUUUGCUGGCACCGCCGGUUAAAUAUUAACCCUCCUUCCUUGUAGCUUUGAAUAAAUCUUGUCCUGUGAUGAAUAGAGUAGAAUUUGUGUUCUUGUUGUGGUUUAUGAAUGCAUGGUGUGUAAUUGUGUUAUGUAUGAGCUUCAAGAAAUGUUUUCUAUUUUUUUU